AGGUGGGCCUUCGGAUCCUGUGGGCGGUGCUGGAGGAGGAGACGAUCCGCUUCGAUGUGCGCUGCGCCGCUCCAGACCGGGUGGGGAUGGAGCUGAGUCGGCUGAUCGAACAGAUCGAGAGCGAGGAUCAAGAUUUCGUGCUUGCCGCGCUGCAACUUCAUAACACGGAGAAUUCUCAACGUUUUCUAUUUGAUGUGGAGGAUAGAGAACUAAGACAGAAACUCGGCAAAUUGGUGAUCAAGUUUUUGGAGCGGGAUUUGCAGCCAGCAUGCCAGGUGGCCUGUUUGGGGACAGUGCGCAUUCUAUCCCGGGACAAGAACAAUCUGAGGCCAUUCACCACCAGGGGAGCCAUGCGAACCCUGGCCAGACACGCUGGAAUUGAUUAUAGCGAAGAACGCAUGGAUGGGAUGCCUGAUGUUGAUGUCAUAGUUGAGGCUCUGAAAUGCCUCUGCAAUGUGGUGUUCAACAGUCCUACCGCACAAGCGAUAAGUGCAGAAAGCUGCAUGGUGCUUGGUCUCACUGAGCGACUCAAACUUUACAAUGGGAAGAACCUGACGCAUGAUAUCAAAUUCUUUGAUUGCCGCCUGCUGUUCCUCCUCACGGCUCUCAGGCUGGACAUCCGCAGGCAGUUGGGUCAUGAGCUGCGAGGUGUGAGUCUGCUGACAGAUGCUCUGGAGAGCACGCUGGGUGUCAGGUGGUCAGAUACAUAUGAGGUGGCCACUGAUGGACCACCACUGGCCCGUCAACAAACUGACUGUGCAAUGGAAAUUCUGAAGAUCCUCUUCAACAUCACUUUUGACUUGAACAAAAGAGAAGUGGAUGAGGAAGAUGCUGCUCUCUAUCGUCAUCUUGUGGCCAUUCUGCGUCACUGCCUCCUGGUCAAAGCUGAUGGAGAAGACAGAACGGAGGAACUGCACAGUCACACGGUGAACUUGUUGGGGAAUCUGCCAUUGAUGUGUUUGGAUGUCCUACUCACCCCCAGAGUUCAGCUGGGCUCCGUUGAAUAUAUGGGAAUGAACAUGGAUGCUGUCAAUUUGCUCUUAGAAUUCUUGGAGAAGAGAUUGGAUAGGGGUCACAAACUGAGGGAAACACUGAUCCCUGCACUCAAUUUACUAACAGAGAGUGCCCGGGCACACCGAGAAACCAGGAAAUUCCUCCGCAUGCGGGUCCUCCCUCCACUUCGUGAUGUACAAACACGACCCGAAGUGGGAAACUUACUCCGGAACAAACUUGUUCGUCUGAUGACUCACAUCGACACGGAUCUCAAGCACUGUGCUGCUGAGUUUCUCUUCGUGCUGUGUAAGGAAAGUGUGGCAAGGUUUGUUAAGUACACUGGCUACGGAAAUGCAGCUGGUCUGCUUGCUGCCCGAGGACUGAUGGGAGGUCGGACAGUGGAGGGAAUGUAUUCCGAGGAUGAAGACACAGACACUGAAGAAUACAAAGAAGCCAAACCCAACAUCAAUCCUGUAACUGGUCGAGUGGAGGAGAGGGCUGUGAACCCCAUGGAUGAAAUGACAGACGAGCAGAAGGAAUAUGAGGCCAUGAAACUGUUUAACAUGUUUGAUAAGCUGUCCAGGGAGCAGAUAAUUCAGCCAAUGGGAGUGACCCCAGAUGGGAAGCUAGCUCCUUUGGACGAGAUGAUGCAGCAUAUGGUGGAAGUGCGAGAGACAUCAGACUCUGACACUGAUUCAGACUGAAACAGCUGAAUGUGAGAAUGUCUGUGGAGGCAACUCAUUGCUUGAUGAGUUUUGUCACUGUUAGUUUCCACACUGGUAGAUAUGUGACUGGUAGCUUAGUGUAGUCUGUUGUCCCAGUAAAGGAUUCUGGGCCAUCGUGGACAGGUCUGAUGUCUUAACAUGUUUUAUUGACAAAGUACUGAGGUGCCUCCAAAAUAUCUAAAUGCUCAUAACUUUUGAGGUAACUCUUCCAUCAGAGCAAUAAAAAUGCACUGUAUAUGGUGAAUAUUUAUAAUUUUGUUUUGUUAAAGAUCAUGAAUAAACAUUGAUAACCUAUCAAUGUUAAGCAAACAAUACAUAUUGCUGGGUUCCUUACCAUUAGCUUCAGAAACUUCUGCCAGUGAGGCUCUGUGGUGUAAGUACUAACCCAGCUGAUGGUCCAGAAUGUGGCUCUGAACAAAUCCUGCUGCCCCCAGUGUAGGUGUUACGCCAACCCAGCCAGCUGUCCAGUGCAAACCCCUCACAGCUGAACAUUGCACCACCUGGCCGUCUGUCUGGCAUGAGCCAUGUUGGCCAUUAGUUCUGUUUCCCAACCUCCCGUCUAGUCUGAGCCCUGCUGCCUUUCCAAAUUCCUAAUGGGACAAGACCAUCAACCUCUGCUGCUUUACUACUUCCCACCCCAUCUUUCCCCAUACUCCCAACCCUCCUGCCCUUUAAUAAGGAGAAUAAACUUUCACCAAGUUCCUGGCUUGUCACAUUUUAUUCUAGCUUAUAAAUGAAUAAUUUGUCAUAAUGUUUAAAAAAUAGGAGAACACUGAACUCACCGAGAAUGAGUAUAGGUGACGAACCGAAUAGCCAACUUCUGUGCUGAAUUUUCCAUUACGUGAUGCAGUUCUCUUGUGACACAUAAAUAGAGGAAAUUAAGUGGCAAUAAACAGGCAGCACGGUGGCUCAGUGGUUAGGACUGCUGCCUCACAGCACCAGGGUCCCACGUUCAAUUCUAGCCUCGGAUGACUGUCUGGGUGGAGUUUGCAUAUUCUCCCUGUGUCAGUGCGGGUUUGCUCCGGUUUCCCCUCUCAGCACACAAAGAUGUGCAGACCAGGUGAAUUGGCCAUGCUAAAUUGCCCAUAGUGUUAGGUGGGCAACCUUAUUCAGAGCGAAAUGGGUCUGGGUGCAUUACUCUAUUCUUCUUAAUACAUCCCCAACCUGUACAACUGAAAUAAUCUGUUAAUAAGGACUGUAUCCAGCUCUUGCAUUAUUUGAUUAGCCUCUAUUAAAUCUAUGUAAAUUUGGAAGAAAAAUUUACAGAAUCUUGAGCCUAUUUUCAGUUGCAUCCACAACCUGCUGAAGUAGUGAAUUCCCUUCGAUUGAAGAAAUUUCUCCUCAUCUCAAUCCUUAAUAAUCAUUCCCUUAUCCUGAAACUAUGCCCGCUUGUUCUAGAUAGCUUAGCUAGGGGAAACAACCUCUCCAGAUCUCCUCUGUCAGACCCCUUUAGAAUUUUAUAUGUUUCAAUGAGAUCAUUUCUCAUUCUUCUAAACUUCAGAACACACAGAUCCAAUUUACUCAUCUUCUCAAGGUGGGAAAACCUUUUCAUCCCAGAACCCUUAGUGAACCUUUACUCUCCUGCCUCCAAUGCAAAUAUUCCCUUCCUUUAGAUAUGGAGACUAAAACUGCAAAGUAUUCCAGAUAUAGUCUCAGCAAAUCCUACUCAUUUGUAACAAUACUUUUCUAUCCAUGGCAAGAAACGGCAUUAUGCUGUUUGCUUUCCUAAUUGCUUGCUGCAUGCCAAUCUGUUGUGUUCUGAGGACAAGUGCACUCCCAUUUCUCUGAACAUCAAUAUUUAGAAGUUUCCCACCUUUUAAUUUUUUUUUCUGUCCUUGUGGCCAAAGUGAAUCAUCUCACAACACAUUAUAUUUUAUCUGUUGUCCGCUCACUUAACUUACCUAUUUUUCUUUGAACCUCUUUGUGUUCUCACAGCUUUCAUUACCACCUAAGUUUUCAGCAUCAGCAAAAUCUUUUGAUGCAUUUCUCUGUCUUUUCAUUUGUCAUUAAUAUAGACUGUAAAUUACUGAGGCUCCAGCACUGACCCUUGCGGCAUUCCACAGGUUAGAGCCUGCCAAUUUUAAAAUUCUCCAUUUGUGUUUACUCUUUGCUUGCCAUUAGCCAAUCCUAUAUUUGGGCUAAUAUACUACAUCCAACCGAGCCCAUAUCUUGUGUACCAACCUUUUGUGUGUCACUUUAUUGAAUGCCUUUUGGAAAUCCCAAUAUACUAGAUCUACUGGUUCCCCUUUAUCAUCCAUACUGAUUUUGCCCUUUAAAAAAAUUCUAAUAAAUUUUGUCAAACAAGACUUGCCUUUUGUAAAACCAUGUGACUCUUUCUAAUCAUACAGUGCUUCUCUUGGCUUAUUAAGACUUCAGUAAUAGAUUCUAGGACUGAUCCAAUGAUGGAUGUCAAGCUAACUGGCCUGUGGUUUCAUGGUUUUUCUCUCCAACCUUUCCUGAGCAAUGGUGUUGCAUUUGCUGACUUCCAGAACGUAGGGAAUUUUGGAAAAUCAUAGCCAGCAUGUCCAUUGGUAUGCAGGGAUUUAAACUCGUGGCUUUGGGAUUGUUCAUUGCAUAAUCUCUAGGUUAGCACAGUAUAGAUCAUGGUAUUUAAUGAGAGUAAGUGAAACCUUUGAGAGUUGAAGCAAGAUUUGUCCUUUCCAGAUAGGAGCUAGAUAGAGGUUCACACAGUAUCCCAGAACAUGGGUGGCAGUUUGCUAAUUGAUGGAUGGUAAGGUGAGGUACAGCAAAGGAAGACAAUUUCUGAUAGACAGGACUCUUGGACUCUAUGACACAUCUUUGUUCCAGCAUCAAGACAGUAGAAGCGUCUCACUGUCUUGCCCUGAUACUCUCCAUGCACCUCCACAAACAUCCAUUCACUCUGCACCGUCAGCCCUUCAAGAUGCUCCUCACUCCACACAACCUUCAGACUUAAUAGUUGUUGUAGUUAGAGACUUAGGGUACAUCAUUGAAUUUUAAUCAUGAGUUUUGAGUAUCCCUCUCUGUACUGUAUUCUAUCUCAGGCAAUGAAAACUGACAACAAAAUAAACAGGAAUAAGAGAAUUGUAAUGGAUGUGGUUGAUAUGGACGGUUAGAAAUUAUUUGAUAAGGGUCCCCAUAAGAGAUGGAUGGUAAAGAUAUUGGCACCUGGAAUGAAUGGAAAGAUGGUACAUUAUCAGAUAAUUAGGAAUGUGGCAGAAAGCAGUGGGUCAGAGGUAAAGGAAGAUUCUUGGCUGGAAAGAUAAUGAGAGACAGUGCCCCAUGAAGUUUGUGUUUGCUCUGCUGUUGAUCUAGUCAUGAGAAUCAAGAAAAUAAUAGCUAAAAAUUUGCUAAUGGCACCAUGUGAUGGUGUAGAUGGUAAAAGAUUGUAGGCAAGCACAUAGAAGAAGAAUCUGAAACUAAGGGUCUAAUGAUGACAAUUAAACAUUGUCGAUUGUUGGAAAAAUCCACCCGGUUCAUUGGUCUCCUUUAAGAAAGGAAAUCUGUUGUCUUUAACUGGUUUGGCCUACACAUGACUCCAGACCCACAGAAAUGCGGUUGAUUCUUAACUGCCUUCUGGGCAACUGGGGAUGAGGAUUAAAUUCUGGUCUGGCCAGAGCCACCCACAUCCCAUGAGUAAAUAAAAUAAAACAUAUAGACUAGUGAUGGUGAGUGAAGGAUCUCAGGACGGGCAGGCAGAUGCAGUUCAAAGUAGAAACAUAUGAAAUAAAAGUUUGAAAAUAAAAAUAGGGGAACAAAAUUCAACAAAAACUUGAGAUUUUAAAUAGAACAGUAGCCUUAGUAAGAUAAUAGAGGUCAUUAACAGGGUAACAUCAAUAGAUAAAGCCAAGAAAAAUGCACAUGGAAUCUGUAAAAUGGAUAUAAAAAGAACAAAAUAUUGUAGAAGCUGAAAAUACUCUGCAGAUGAAGCAGCAUCCCAUUUUCUGUUGCAAUGCAUUGUUCUGGUGAUUGGCCACUCUGCUAAGUAAUCUGUUGGUUAUUAUGAAUGUAAGAAAUAUACAAUUUUGACAUCGUUCCUCUUGCUGAGUGUUAUUAGUAGAAAAUGGAAUUGCAUCUUUGACAAACAAAAGUUUAUAUCUCCUGGUUUCUACAUAAUUGCAAUUGAAUAUUUGCUAUAUCUGUAGAUCAUAGCCAUUUUAUUAAUAUUUUAUGUAUUGCUUUAAAGCAACUGUCCAGAGUUUAUAAAGGUUCUUUUUAUGCAAAAAUUAUUGCAACAUUGGAUAGGUUAAACCCAAAACUAAUCCUCCCUGACCUAGAUGAUAGUGAAAUGAAUUUGAUGCGAAGACUGACUCAAACUAACUGAUGAUAGUGACUCUGUCCAAUACUGAUCCCAGCUCUGAUGCUGAUUCCAAGUGACCUGACCCUUUCUAAUACUGAUCUAUUUGAUCCUGUCAAGUACUGACCCCCGCUAGCUCCGACCCUGAUACAGAGUCUUGUCCAGUUUAAUGUGCUCUGGUACUGUUUCCAGGAACAUUUUUGAUGAAUUAGUGAUACAUACAGAACAAGAACAUUUUAUCUAUUAUAUUGUGAAUUGUUCAUUGUUUUGUCACCACUUAACACAG